GGAUAUCGAACCUGCUUUUAGGCUCUCGGUGUCGAUCCUUCCUGAUGCUUUGCUCGCAUCAUCUUAAGCAAGUCCCAUACGACCUUCUUGUUCUGAGACUCGGGCGUGUGGUACGUGACACAUUUGGCCCCUUCUGACCAUGUACACGUAUGCUACAGAAACAGAGGACAGAUUUCUUCCGAAAAGGAAACCUCAUCUGUGUGUUGUGUUGGAGGCAUAGCAUAAUAGCACUCGCAAUUUCUCAUGAUAGCAUCGUCGAUGGGCAUGGCUUUGGCUAUUGGGGCCUAACCUGGGGUACUUUCAAAACUUUCUGAUCUCUGCUCUCUUUAUUAGUUAGGCAAAGAGUUGGACUUUUAGUUUCUGUUUUUCCUCUGGGAAGUGCAACCCCAAAGGAAAGCCAAGCAUGAGCUUCCAAGACGUUCCAAGUGGGGGUCGCCCCUCCUCAUCUUCAUCAGCCAUGGCGUCCAAGAGCCCGUCUCAAGCGGUGGCAGCCGGUAUCUUCCAGAUCAACACUGCUGUUGCUGCUUUCCGUCGCCUCGUAGAUGCCAUCGGCACCGCCAAGGACACUCCCGAUCACCGCCAAAAAGUCAAAAUGAGUUCUCACAAAGUUGCAAAUAAAAUGAUCAACAGGCACAACACCAGGCAAAGGAUUCUGCAAUUAGUGAAGGAAACUUCCGCUAAGCUCAAGACAUUGAGUGAAUCCGAUCAUGACCCUACUGUCAUUCCAAGUAAGAAGAUAGAAGAUGCAAAGCUGGCUAGAGAUUUUCAGAACACGCUGCAAGAAUUUCAGAAAGUCCAGCAGCUGGCCUCUGAACGCGAGUCUACUUACUCUCCAGCUGCUCCUCCACCCUCCUUGCCUACAACCUCUGGCUCCGAUGAUUCUUGGGCUCCUACUCUGCCUCAAGAGAAACAACCUUUCUUUAUGGAACAGAGGCGACAAGAGGUAAUAUUGCUGGGUAAUGAAAUUGCCUUCAAUGAAGCUAUGAUUGAGGAAAGAGAACAGGGUAUCAGAGCAAUAGAGGAGCAAAUAGGACAAGUAACUGAAAUAUUCAAGGAUCUUGCUGUUCUUGUCCAUGAGCAGGGUGUGGUCAUUGAUGAUGUUUCAUCAAACAUUGAUUCUUCCUCUGCUGCAACAAUCCAGGCUAGAGUUCAACUAGCUAAGGCUUCCAAAAGUGUGAAAUCCCGAACCUCAUGGUGCUGGUGGGUGCUGGUAAUUUUUGUGUUGAUGCUGCGGAUUGUGCUUAUGUGUCUUUACAAGGAGGUCAUUUUCUUGCCCGUGUUUAUUCAAAUCUUUAGAGAUUUGGGACUGGUGACUUGGAUAAAUUAAGGUACAUACACUAUCUCGGUCUUAAGUGCUGAUAUUGUUAAUUAUGUUUGAGUUCAUGUGGUAUCUGUCAGGUUUCCUCUUUAGCAUGUUAUUCGAGGUUGUUUCUGCUAUGUCAAUCCUUGAUCAUUUGAAUGCAUAAGACCUUGUGGUCUUAUAAUACACCUGCAAUAUCAAAACAGCUUUGAAGCUUUUGGAAGUGAAGACUGGAGUUUUUUAUUUUUUCCUUGAAUUUUUGUUUGGAGGCACAGUCAUUGUAGCAUAUGCAUGAAUCGCAAUGAGGUCUAAUUUAUGCUAGU